GGUUUGGCGGUGGCACGGCUCCGGCCGGGGGAGCGGUGUGGCGGUGGCACGGCUCCGGCCGGGGGAGCGGUUUGGCGGUGGCACGGCGCCGGCCGGGGGAGCGGUUUGGCGGUGGCACGGCGCCGGCUGGUGGCGGAGCAGUUUCUCGUUUGGAGAUGGAGCCGGAUUUGGAUUCAGAUUCACCCGUCACUAAAACCAAUGUCUCCUACAUCUACACUCCCGGCUACAUCGAGAGAUGCGACUCCCUUUCCAAAGUCACCAGCCGGGCUAGUAUGGUCCAUACUUUGAUUGCUUCUUAUGGGUUGCUGAAAUAUAUGAGGAUUGUUGAACCCCGAGUGGCUUCUAUGGAAGAAAUGGCAAUGUUCCAUACAGAUGCCUACCUGGAGCAUUUGCAGAAAAUCAGUGAGGAUGGUGAUGAUGAUGACCCUGAGUCUGCAGAGUAUGGACUAGGUUAUGACUGUCCUGCAACAGAGGGGGUGUUUGAUUAUGCUGCAGCAGUAGCGGGAGCCACUCUCACAGCUGCGCAGUGUUUAAUUGACAAAAAAUGUAAGGUGGCAAUAAACUGGCCUGGGGGAUGGCAUCAUGCAAAGAAAGAUGAAGCAUCAGGGUUUUGUUAUCUGAAUGAUGCUGUGCUUGGCAUUUUAAAACUGCGAAAGAAGUUUGAUCGAGUUUUAUACAUAGAUCUGGAUCUACACCAUGGCGAUGGUGUAGAAGAUGCAUUCAGUUUUACAUCUAAAGUCAUGACUGUAUCUUUUCACAAAUAUUCUCCUGGAUUCUUCCCAGGAACAGGUGAUGUGGCAGAUGUUGGAAUGGGGAAAGGAAGAUAUUAUACUGUGAAUGUGCCUUUGCAGGAUGGCAUUCAAGAUGACCUUUAUUACCAAAUAUGUGAAAGUGUCUUAAAAGAAGUGUAUGCAUCAUUCAAUCCUGAAGCAGUGGUCUGCCAGCUAGGAGCAGAUACUAUUGCUGGAGACCCAAUGUGUUCCUUUAAUAUGACACCAGUUGGAGUGGGAAAGUGCCUGCGUUACAUUCUGAACUGGGAAUUGCCGACUCUGGUCUUGGGAGGAGGAGGCUAUAACCAUGCAAACACAGCCCGGUGUUGGACAUAUCUGACUGCCAUUAUCCUUGGAAAAACACUGUCCUCAGAGAUUCCUGAUCAUGAGUAUUUUACAGAAUAUGGGCCUGAUUACGUACUGGAAAUCACCCGAAGCUGUCGGACUGACCAGAAUGAUCCCCACCGGAUUGAGCAGAUACUUAGCAUGAUCCGAGCCAAGCAUAAGGCAAAUUUGUCUCCAAGAACACGAUGCAAGAUGCAGACUAAGCACAGGAAACGUGCUUGUAUAAAAUGUCAACUAGUCACAAGAAAACGUGUUUCUGCAGGCACCAGGUGCUCGAUAUCCGAAUCAUUCCAAAUGCAGAAGCAGAAAUCUGUGAUGUCUAUGUGAUGUAAUAAAACUGUAAUUUUGUUUUAGUUAUGACACAUGGAUGCGGUUACAACCUUUAAAGAAUUAUGUAAAUUUAAAAUACUAAGAUUUUCAGAAUGAAAUCUUGUUCAUUAUCACCUUACUAUUUCAGAAGUUAUCUAAUUAGGACUUACCGAUAAUUUGAUGAAUUGAAAAAAAAAUUGUAUUAAUUGUCAUUGACUAUGUUAUAAGGUUUUCAGUUUAUACAUUCGUUAAAAAUUUGUAGUGGGUAACUUGGAUAUUUGCUGGAUUGAAACUGGCAGGAAUGCAUUUGAACAGUGCAGUUUAAAAUAUUAAAACAUUGCUGGUACAUGCACACUGGUAAAUGGAAAUGGGAAUUUACAUUAAUUUUAUUUUGGCACUGCAGCAGUAAACCUGAUCUUUGUCUUUCAGUAAUACAGAAACAGUCCUUCUAAAGGAGAUCCUUUCAUGAGUGUUUGGUUUAAUGUUCACAGAGACCACCUAUUUCUGCAGAAUGAGAAUUUUCUAGAUUUAAUAAAUUGAGGAUUUGACCACAUUUGUUUUGUAUUUUUCUGCAUAAAAUUUGCAAUUAACCUGAGAUUGUCACAGUGCUAUGAAUCAGAAAAGGCAAAAGUUUUUUUGUGUGUUUU